AUGCACCAAGGUCUUCCCAUGCUGGCGAAGCUCGAGGCCAUCGUCGGUCAGGUCGACCCGGACGCUGUCAGCGCGAACCCCGGUCAUCCGCCCGUGGACGCAGUGCGUCCGGGCAGCGCCGCCGAAGCCACGGACAAGGCCGUUGCGCAGCCUGCGAUAAGUCCGGCACGGCUGGUGGCCGAGUCUGAACUCAGGAACCCCCAAAAGAGGUGCCCGACCCCCCAGCCCGUUUCGAGGGAUGAUCCCGCCGCCAAGUACGUGUCGGGCGAGUUCUGGGCGAACCUCUCCAGGGAGGUUGAGGGCAUCAAGGCGACCCUGGAGCAGCCUAGCGAUGAUGAGGAUGAUGACGAAGGCGAGAAUGACGGUCCUUCGCCAGAGUCUCAAUAUCAGGGCAGCCUCAAUUACAACAUAAGCCCACCCGUGGUCUUGGGGAAUGCUUCUGCGUUGGCCGCAUUAUCACACCCUCCUCCCGCACGCAUGAGGACACUGUGUGAUGUAUACUUUCGCAACGUUGACCCGUUGAUGAAGAUACUACACAGACCGACAGUCGAAAAGACUUUUGAUUUAUACAUAAUGAACCCAGCAGAUCAUCCGCUUAGUCGGACAACAGAGGCCCUAUCUUUCGCCAUGUAUUUCGGCGCCGUCACAAGCAUGCAGCCGGACAGCUGCGUGAAACAACUUGGUGAUGAUCGGAGGGUGCUGUCUGUGCAGUACAAGCAGGCGGUAGAGCAUGCCCUGGCAAGGGCGGACUAUCUGAAUAGCACGUCGUUGGAAACACUCCAAGCCUUUAUGAUCUACUCGAUCAUUAUGCUCGACGUCCGUGCUGCCCAAGAUCGUGGUACGGAAGCGAUGAUCAGGCAAGAGGAGACCAACACGUCACCGCCAACAAACAUCAACGACGAGGACUUUGGCCCGCAGACUACCGUCCCGCUCUCGCAGCUGGAAAAAGAAGGACCCACCGACAUUACAUUCAGUCUCUGCACAUACCACUGCUCCAAGCUCUUCCUAUACAUACAUGGGCCCAGGAGCCGCUUCUCCAAAGCCACUCACGAAACCACUGUCCCUGGGUCGCAGGUCCAGUCCCAGGUCUCAGAAGAAGACAUCAUCCAACGUAUCAAGACCCUAGAAGCUCAGUUCCUCAUUCCCGCCGCAGACCAGCCGGGCCAUCCCCAAGCGUCCUAUGCGGCUACCGUCUUGCGUAUAUCAUCGCUGGUCUAUUGGCUCAGCAUCCAGUACCCUCUACAAGUGAGGCAACCCACCAUCAAACCUCGCGUGAGCCGCGAGCACAUGCUCCAGACUGCGGUUGCCAUCAUGGAGCUACAGGCCUGCGGGCCUUCCUCGGCCGCCAUGAGCCCAGAGGAGUUCCGCGAGAGGUACAUCUGGUGGCAGGACGGCUAUAUCCCGUGGCAUCCCUUGGCAGUCGCCCUGGCCGAGCUCUGCGUGCAGACGGAAGGGCCUAUGGUAGACAGGGCGUGGAAGACGAUUGACCGCGUCAUGCCAUCGUGGAGCGACAAGGUCGCAGACACCAAGAAAGGCGCACUAUGGCGGCCGAUAAGGAAGCUGCUCAAACAGGCAAGACAGAGGAGGGCCGAGGCCCAGAUGAGGAAGCUUGGAAUCAGCGAACCCGGGCAGCAGGGCAUUCUAGGAGGUCAGGCGCAAUCAACACACCCGCCACCGCCACAAACUCAGACAAGAGACACAGCACACCCGCGUGCGAGGCAGGCCCACCAGGCCGUUCCCGCAAGUACCCCCGUUCACUCGCCAACACCGCCGUCCGUUCCCGCAAGGGCAAGCAGGCCACCGCCGAAUCCCGCCACCGCGCUCGGCCCGACGGGCAUCCCACUGUCGCAAGACUUCGGGCUCAUGCCGGACAUGCCAUCAGCGGCGUCGCCUUUUAUCAUGAAAAAUAGCCAUCAGCAGUGGACGAUCGACUUUGCGGACCUUGCGGACGUGCCCAUGGACACGAUGAUCGGCAAUGGUGGCGGUGUAGGUGUCGGCGGUGGUGGUCAAGACUUCGACCUGAUGGACUGGAGCUAUUGGAACGAUUUUGUUAAUGACGCCAGCGUCAAUGUGGAGGGUCAUACCUCCCCAAGUAGCGAGGGGAAAUAA